ACAGCUUAUGCUGGACAGGCUGGACGCUUGAGGCGAUCUGGUGCGUGUACGAGUGCCUCGCGGACGCGUGCCUCGCGCCCGACGACCAGCGCGCCUCGCCUCGCCUCCACACGUACUUGGACGAGGAGCCGAAUACUGGUUUGCCUCCUAGAUACCAGCACGUACCCGUAGCAGGCAGCAAGAACCCCGAAGAAACGUACUUGGCACUAGCGCUAGAGGCAGCCCUAUUAGGAUUGGGGUUACAGCGAAUGUUACCAAGUGGUCUCUACGCGCAAGAACGGUACUGCAAGCAGGAGGAGCGACUAAUAGGCCAGCUGCAGCGCGUGGAAGGCGAGGCGGCGGCGGCGGUGGGCGCGCGCGUGGCGACGGCGCUGCUGGACGGCGGCCCCUCCUCCUGCCUCGGCGCGCGCGUGCACCCCCGCUCCGCGCCCGCGCACACCUUCGCGCGCUUCCUGUUCCUGGCGCUGCUGCCCGCCGAGCCAGAGUUAGCGUACAGGGUGGGACUGCGGGCUAUGAGAUUACCAAUGGUAGAAGAGGCGUAUGCGUUAGACAGCGCCGGCGGGACCGGCGCGGCAGGCGGCGGUGCUGGCGCGUGGCACACAUUACAGCACGCCGAGCAGCAACAAGCGGCUCUCGCCAGUGCGCUUUUAGGCGCAGCAAGAGGCAACCCAGGCCGCCUCCGAGCAGCACUAGCCGCCGCACAACGGCACGUGCGUUCAGCGGCACAGCUGUUCCGGCUCGCACAGGACGCGCUGCGCCACGCCGCGCCGCCCGACGCGCCGCACCACCACCGCGACCUGCUGCACGCCGCCUUUGAGCUGGGGCUGCAGGUGCUCCGGAUGACAUUAUCGUCAGUGAACUGGCGGAGGCGAGAGAUGGUCCGAUGGCUAGUAACGUGCGCCACGGAGCUCGGACUCGACGCUUUGCUCUCUAUCAUGCAGAACUGGUACGAGCUGUUCACGCCAACGGAAGCGACGGGGCCGGUAGCGGCAGCAGCCAUGUCUCACGCCACGGCGUUGCGUCUGGGACUCAGCUUCGAGCAGCAAGAGAAGCUGAGCGCCUGCGCGAGGACGCUAGCCCUGCAGUGCGCCGCCAAGGACCCGCCGGGCUGCGCGCUGAGCGCGCUGUCGGUGUGCGAGGGCUCGGCGGGCGCGUUCGAGGCGGCGUGCGCGGCCGUGGGCGGCGCGGCGGCGCGCGGCGCGCUGGCCUCCAGCCAGCUGUUCGCCGUGGCGCGCUACAUGGAGCAGCGCGGCCAGCCCGCGCGCGCCAUGCGCCUCGCCACGCUCGCCAUGAGGAACCUGCACCUCCACUACAACCAGGACAGCCAUCCAGCUAUCGCAGACAUCCACUGGGCCGUAGCGUUAGCACAUUCGCUGGGUCGUGCCGAGCUGCAAGCCAUGUUGCCUCUUCUCGUCAAGAACGUCCAAUGCGCCCCAGUACUGUCGGACGUGCUGCGGCGCUGCUGCGUGGCGGCGGCGGGCUGCUCGCGCGCGCGCCCCCCGCCCCCGCGGCCGCCCACGCCGCUGCGGCCGCUGCUGGAGGCCGCGCUGCGCGCCUACGCCUCCACCACGCACGCGCGCCUCGCGCACAUCUCGCCCCGCCACUAUGCCGACUUCGUGGAGUUCCUCGGUGAGUCCGGAGCCUUAUCAACAAAUUACCCGACUUAUUAUACAGGCUGUUUGGCACAUGACGCGUCAAAUUUUGUGGUAUGUAGAUGAUGUCAUUUCCUUCCUUUCCGUCUUUGAAACCUUGGUCCUAGGAGCCAUGGUUCUGGAGAUACAAUUUUUUUAAUGUUUUUCCGAAAUUACCCAAAUUCUUUUUGUAUACACAAAAUAGUUUUAAAAUGCAUAAUUUGUUUCAUAAUCUUACGUUACGUCUGCUUUCGGGACGGAGGACACAAUUCGAACAAAAUUUACGUUGAUUUAAACAUGUUUCUAAUUUCACUUACGAUAAGUAUGAUAUGAAGUAUUAAUUAUGACCUACCUUACCGACUUAAACUGCAAAUAGAAGUCAUAUACUUACUAAAGAAAAUAUCCAAUGCUUGAUGCGAGCCAGUGACUUCGAGUUUCACUAGACCCAUCCCCGGAGCCUGAUUUUCUUGAAUAUAUGCAAAAAAACGAUUUAUUGCCUUGGCCUUUCUCUGACGGUUGAAUACAUCGAUCCGUAAUUAGUUAACCGUCCUUUUCCGACCUUAUAAAUCGAAAGACUAACACGCACGUCACAGA